CCUGCGACUUGUGCCGCUGGGCUUUCUUCUGCCCGGGUGAGAUGGUGGCAGCUUCAGGGGCUAUACUGGCUAGCAGAGCACAGUUUCUGUACUUUGACAAGUGCCUUGUAAAUCCCAUAUGGCAUAUGGACAUGGUUGACGCACGAGAGGGAGAGAGUUAUCCAGUCACACCCGAAGCCCACACAUAACAGGAGGUGGGACAACAGGAACUCAUGGCAUUGUGUUUGAAGGAUAUAGAAGAGAGAAAAGAGCAAGAAGCUGGUAACAGAAGGAGCGUAGAGCAGGCUGUUAAUGAUCUGAAGGAACACGCCAUUGUGAGCAAAAGGCAGUUGUCAGACAAAGUGACUGAACUCCAGUUGCUACUUCGGGAAGAGGAGAGUCUGGCAAAAAACUUCAUUGAUGAAAAGACUGACCAAGCCCUGGAAGCAUAUGAUCAGCAGUUGAAGUCCUGUCAAGAAAAGCUUGCAGCCCUGGAGACCUUCUCAUGCCGAAUCAGGCAAAUACAACAGCACAGUGAUCCUAUUCAGUUGCUGGAGAAGUACACAGAAAUUGAAAAGGAAAUGCAGGAGCCCAAACGUGUGUUAGAACAGUGGCAUCCAACACCUUUCUCAUUUGAACAUAUACUUAACUAUUAUAAACACUUUGUGAAAGUUCUUCAGUCCAUUCUGCAGAAACCACUAGAAGCCCGGCUUAACGAAGAUGUUUUCAGUAGCCUUAAUGCCACUGCAAAGAAGGAGCCUGGAACAGUGUUGAAAACCAUGUCUCCUGUUGAUCGGUUGCUUUUCUUAAAACAUGCGAGAUCACCAACGUGGGAAUACGACAGCCUUCACCCAAGGCUGAAAUUGUCUGAUGACCGUCUUGUAGUAAGCUGUAACUGGAGGAGGAUAUUCUACCCUUGUGGUCCCCAGAGAUUUGAUAAAUUGUGGCAAGUGCUAAGCAGAGAUGCAUUCCUGUCUGGGAGCCAUUACUGGGAGGUUGACCUGCUUCAUGCUGGAGCAGGGUGGUGGAUUGGCGCAGCCUACCCUUCCAUUGGCAGGAAAGGAGACUCUGAAACCUCUCGAUUGGGCUGGAAUAGAGCAUCUUGGUGCCUUAAGAAGUUUGAUUUUGAGUACUGGGCAUUUCACAAGGGAGAGAGAAUCCCAGUCUUGGUGGAAGAUGAUCCUGAUCGCAUUGGCAUUUUUCUGGAUUAUGAAGCAGGAAUCCUUUCAUUCUACAAUGUUACUGAUGGCAUGGCUCAUUUGCACACCUUCCGCUGCAAGUUCACAGAACCAGUUUACCCAGCCUUGAGGCUCUGGGAAGGGUCCAUUGGAAUAUGCAAACUAACAUAAGGAACAAAGCAAAAUAAAGCCACUUUAGCAGUGAUCUACAUUAAUUAAUCUCUGUGGUAAGAAAGUUGUAAUGAUGCUGCUUUUAGAAGGUUAACAGUUACGUUGAAAAAAGCCAACUGUAAUUUUUUAAUGUAGAUGCAUUUUUCAAUGCGGAAACGUGAUCUAACUUUUACAAAUGAUGUCAGUGUACUACCUAAAGUGCCAUAUAUAAUAUUUAUACUUUUUUAACUUGCAAAAUGGAAAAAAAUCUGGCUAAAAGAAGCAUAAUACAACUCAGAUUUGAAUCUGUAUAUUGUCAUCUUUUCUUAUGAACGCCCUCCCCUCAUCUGCCCAGAGAGGCUGCAAUUCUGUAUGCUAAAAGGUUUAGUUUGCUUCUAGCUUCAAGUUCAUAUAUUGCAUAUUGAAACAGCUGAGAAGAUCAGAUUUGGAUAAUAAAAGCAGCAAGUGAAUUAUGUCAUACUUAAGUAUCACAUUGGAAAAAUCAAAGACUAGCAUCGGCUGUUGGAAAGGUCCCUUCAAGUAAAACUGAAGUACAAGCUUCUGUAGCUACACUUAAUAGCUGCUAGCUGGUCUUGCUUGUGACAAGAGACUCUGAAUUGGGCUUCUGAGUGGCCCUGUUGCCACACAGACUGGAAACAGUAAUGUAGCACCCCUAACAGAAAAUGAAAUACUUGGAGGACCCUCAGAUGUAGUAAAAACAUUAGGUCAGUAUGGCACGUGUGCUUAAUUUAUUUUUGUGUCCUAUUUGCAAAGGCUCUUUAUGAAUUUCUGUAUAGGGAUAAUCUUUUUUCUCUCACUACAUUUAAUUAAAGUCCUGGAAAUCU